UCAGUAUUCAAAUCCAAAUGUCAACUCUGGUGGCCAUGUGAAUGAUGUUUGUGACAAUUAUGGUGGAAGUGUUGGAAAUUUUGAUCAGCAGACUCCCAAUUGGUAUCCAAGAGCAAGUCCUGGGGAGCAAUAUUCUAGUUCAAAUGUGAAAGAUGGUGGAAAUGCUGCUGAUUUCCAUCAGAAGAACCAUGAUGGGAUUUUUUAGAGAAAGCCAAAGAGAAUAUCCAUUGAAUACAAGCGGGAAUUAUGGAAGAAAUUUAUCAUACCAGGAUCCCAAUGGCCAUCAGAGGAAUUCUAUGGGAAUUUUUCAGCGUAAUGAUGGAGCUUCUCAGAAUCCAAGUGGGUUCUAUGGGAAGAAUACUGAGAAUUUUUCUCCAUUUCAACAAAACUCCAGUGUAGGAGAACCUGACAAUUCACAUUUUCCUCAAACCUCCACUGCAUUCCAAAAUGGAUCAGGGCAAUACUAUUCGAUUGGUAAUGAUGGACAUAGUAUGCAACCACCAGAUGGUCAAGUUUUCCAGCCUAUGCGCACUCUUGAUGAUCUGGAUAGGUUUUGCAAGGAGUAUAACAUGAAGGAAGCUAUUGAAACUUUGGCUUUGUUGGAAAAGAGUGGUGUGGUCGUGGAUCUUUCAAGAUGUAUGCAGUUAUUGCAAGCGUGUGGGGAUUCUCAAACCUUGGAAGAAGCCAAGGCUGUUCAUGAUUAUAUCUCACGAAAAAUAUGUGAUGUUGAAAUUGAUGUUCAAAACAAGAUUAUAGAAACAUAUUCCAAGUGUGGCUCCAUGGAGGAUGCAUAUCAUCUGUUCAAGAACAUGCAAGAUCCGGAUUUAGGGUCCUGGAAUUCUAUGAUCUCUGGUCUUGCCAAUAAUGGUCUUGGAGAGGAUGCAAUUGAUCUUUUUAAUGAAUGUAAGCAGAAAGAUCUGAAGCCUGAUGGGAGCCUUUUUGUCACUGUUUUUUCAGUCUGUGCUGUCCUAGGUGCGGUUGAUGAAGGAAUGCUGCAUUUUGAAUCUAUGAAAAAAGAUUUUGGCAUUUCUCCUGGCAUGGAACAUUAUGUGGCUAUUGUGGAUAUGCUCGGGAGAAGUGGUUAUCUAGAUGAAGCUUUUGAAUUCAUAGAAAAAAUGCCUAUUGAACCAGGUGUUCUUGUUUGGGAAACUUUGAUGAACCUAUGUAGAGCCAAUGGAAACAUAGAGCUUGGUGAUCACUGUGCUGAGAUUGUUGACAGCAUGGAUUCUUCCAGGCUGACUGAAGAGUGUCGUAAGGGUCUCUUGCCUGUGAAAGCCUCAGACCUGGCAAAGGAGAAAGCAAAGAAAAAGAAUAGUCCGCUUGAGGUCAAAAGCAGAGUACAUGAGUACCGAGCGGGGGAUAGGUCCCAUCCCGAAUUUGAUAAGAUUAAUGAACAGAUACGGGGUUUGGCUCCGCAAAUGAAGGAGGCUGGUUAUGUCCCAGAUACAAGGUUUGUGUUGCAUGACAUUGACCAGGAAUCCAAGGAAGAAGCUUUGCUUUAUCACAGUGAGAGACUGGCUGUUGCACAUGGAGUAAUGACUAGCGCUGCACGCCAAGAUUUGCGAAUAAUUAAAAAUCUUCGUGUAUGUGGCGACUGUCAUAAUGCUAUGAAGAUUAUAUCAAAAAUUGUUGGGACGGAAGCUCAUUGCACGGGAUGCUAAGAGGUUUCACCAUUUUGAGAACGGAGUCUGCUCAUGCAAUGAUUACUGGUGAUUCAUUGUCACUCGACGGGCCAAUCUGCAUUCGUAAUUUAAGUGAGAGCAAAUGAAUACAAGAAAAUAUUCCACACCAGGAACAUAUCAGAGAAGUGGUCUUUUAAACAAUGAGAUAAGCUCUCCUUCUUCCAUUGUUUUUCAGUGCUGGACAUCCAAAUCUCCUUGUAGUAUGAAUACUGGAAAUCAAACAUAUAAUUUGUUUCUAAAUUAAAUUCUAUUCAGACUUCCAAUCAAGUUAAUAUUUUCCAGGUUCUUUC